UUAGCGCCCCGGGACUCUGCCAGGCUCACGGGACAGCUGCACCUCUCAGCUUCUCCAGCUCUGGGACGCGGUCGUCCCAACUCCCUCUGAGUGGAAAGAGUGCAAAACUUUUGUUCGUGCGCGGGUGGGGCUCAGUAGUACCACGGCGCGUCCUGCCCCGGCUUCCCCAGCCUCCCAGCAGGGUUAGCUGCGGUCAGAGCACUUUCCACUUGCGACUGCCAGCCAGAAACUUCUCGGGAAUGGAGCAGUCACACUGUGGCAGCAGAGACCGAGGCGGUAGCGGCCGACCCCACCUGGCCCCUGGGCUGGUGGUGGCGAACUUCAAGCAGGCAUUGAGCAAAAAGCUGAAACAAAAAGAGAGUAAAUGUGAGUCAUGCCAGAAUGGACAAGAAGAACCGAUCUCCAAAUCCCAUCAGCUUUACCUGGGAUCAUCUCCUAGGUCUAAUGGUGUCGUUGGGAAACAAAGUAUCGGGUCAUCUAUUUUAGAAUAUUCCAACAAGCAUGAUAGUGUCCUCUCUCCUCAUCCUGGAGAGCAAUCAGGAGGUGAAGAAAGUCCCAGGUCCUUAUCAUCCUCUGAUCUGGAAUCAGGAAAUGAAAGUGAAUGGGUCAAAGACUUGACUGCAACCAAGGCAAGCCUUCCUACAGUGUCCUCAAGACCAAGAGAUCCUCUUGAUAUCCUUACUAAGAUUUUCCCAAAUUACAGGCGCAGCCGGCUAGAAGGCAUUCUACAGUUCUGCAAAGGGGAUGUGGUCCAAGCUAUUGAACAGGUUUUAAAUGGCAGAGAACACAAGCCGGACAACAGGAACCUAGCAAACUCAGAAGAACUGGAAAACACAGCCUUUCAGAGAGCUUCAAGUUUUAGUCUUGCUGGAAUUGGUUUUGGAACUCUAGGUAAUAAAUCAGCUUUCUCUCCUCUUCAAACUACUUCUGCUUCUUAUGGAGGUGAUUCAAAUCUCUACAGCUUAAAUCCUAGAGUAGGUAUCAGUCCAUUAAGGGUGGCAUAUUCUUCUGCAGGAAGAGGGUUAUCUGGUUUUAUGUCACCCUACCUAACACCUGGGUUGGUACCCACCUUGCCUUUUCGGCCAGCUUUGGAUUAUACCUUUUCAGGGAUGAUUAGAGAUUCUUCCUACCUUUCCAGUAAAGACUCAAUAACUUGUGGCAGACUGUACUUCAGACCAAAUCAGGACAAUCUGUAA